AUGGAUCCCUCGUCGCUUCCCCCGAACUUUUACGAUGAAAAGCCGCAGGCCAACUAUCAAUCAACAAUAUAUGGAGUGUGCUUCACCCUUGUGGUUUUGUUGUGGGUGACGACCAGUCUGCGAUUGUGGACUCGAUUUCGCAUCGUCAAAUCUCCAGGAUUGGACGACCUGUUCGUAGUGCUUGCUGUAAUUCACGUUAGUAUGGGCGCAAUAGCAACUUGCGUAGCGACGAACUUCGGCUUGGGCCAGCACAUUUAUCUCCUUACACCUCAGCAAAUCCGAAGUUUCUUGAUAUGCUUCUAUUUGAUCGGAGUUUCAUAUGUAUCUUCGACCGCUCUCAUCAAGGUCUCCCUUUUGUGCCAAUAUUUGCGCAUCUACGAACCCGGUACACACACUUACCGAUUUACACAAUUUAUGGCGGUCGUCAUUGGACUCUGGGGGUUCGCUUUCGCCUUCAUGGGCUGGUUCGGCUGCUUUCCCAGCCCCGCUUCUUUCUGGAAUGGGACAUCCAAGGGCUGUUAUGCUUCCUUUUCGCCAGACCCUCAUGUGGCUGUGAAAACAAUCGAGGGCCAUUCUGGUGUCAAUGUGGUUUUUGAUUUCAUUGUUCUGGCGAUUGCGUUUCGACUCCUGUUUAUGAAAGAUGCGCCGGUAAAUGGCAAGGGCUUAAUGGCGUUGCUAUGUAUGGGAGCCGUGAGCUGCAGUUUUGGGGUCUGGCGUCUCGCUGAUGUCGUUGUGGCUCAAGCGGGGAAGUCAUCCACAGAUAUCACCUGGGCCGAACCGACGGUAUUCCUGCUCUCCAUUGUUGAGGUCUGCAUAGCGUGCCUUGUUGCCACUAUACCCUGCUUCUGGCCCAUUAUCAGGGUGGGGCUAGACAAGAUCUUUGUGAUGUAUGAGUUCAAUGUCUCGAGUGAGUCUCGAUACCAUGACGACCACGUCGAGCUGGCCCCCACGACGUCUUGGGAGGCAGGGACAAAGCCAACGGGUGGCAAGGAAGACGUUAGAUCGCUGGAGAGCAUGUCUGGAGACACCGAGCUCAGUAAGGCGUCAAACCUGCCGCAUUACAGAAAUGACUAUAUCCAAAACCACGUAGACCCCUUUGGAGAGGAGUUUCAAACAGAGGCAACUGUCCAGGUCGGCCGCCAGACUAGUAAGAAGAAGGGGAGAGCUCUUCCAGCCGAUAGCGCGUUCUGA